GCCAAUCCCCAAGCUCUCAGAGAGGGCGACGUCGCGACAGUCAGGAUUGUCGCUCGCGAGUCCGUGUGUUUGGAGCCGUUCAGAGAUUAUCCUGCGUUGGGCAGGUUCCUGUUAAGAGCUGUUAAUGGCGAACAACUACUGGCUAUUGGAAUUGUCACCGACGAAUGCUGCUGAGGAAUCGCAUCCAUCAGGUCAUGAAUCCUCUAUCCCACCACUCGUGCAGUGUGUGCUUUGCCGUGCCCUCGUGGACUGAUCGACCCAUCUAUGCACUCGUGUAUCUGAUUGAAUGCGAUCGAUAGAUUCCCAGGGGAAUCAGCUUUUGACACUCCGGUUCUGGCGCCUCGCCAUCAGCAACCUUCUCGCAGCCCAAGGCUAAAAUCUGCAGAUUCGUAAGAAGACUGCCCAAGAACGA